AUUUGCCGUGCGGUUGCCACAUUCGCCUACAAGCUCAAGCUAAAUUCUAAAUUCUAAAUUCAACUGAAAUGAUCUACAACAGUAAAAUGUGUUUCAUGCUGCUGCUCUGCCUAGUGGCGCCUCUAAUGGCAAGUGCCGCAUUUGAUCCCGCAUUGCUGUGUACGCUCGUUGUGAGCGGCACUAAAAUGAAUGAUCCACGUGCCUGCAAUAAGUGGAUAGAGUGCAUCGAUGGCAAACCGGUGAGCGGUAGCUGUGAGGAUGCACAGUAUUAUGACAGAGAGACUCAAGCUUGUGUGACCGCCAAUAGCAUCACUUGCGUCUCCAGCGAUCCUUGCGCAGCCGAUGCAAAUGGCUUUGCUCCCGAUCCCUAUUCCUGCAACGGAUACUUCUAUUGUCAGAACGGCAAGGGCACGCGUGGCGUCUGCAACGAAGGGCUCAAUUACAAUCCAGGAACGGCUUCCUGCAUACGUAACUUUCCCUGCCCGUCCAAACCGAAUCCGGACAGCGUUUGCAACAUUUUAGCCGACGGCGUUUUCAUCAAGGAUGACAGCCGCUGCAAUGGAUGGCAAAUGUGCUGGAAGGGCCAAGUCAUCAAUGGCACCUGUCCCGGCAACUUUUACUUCAGCGGCAGCCAGGGCGAAUGCGACUAUCCUCAAAAUGUGGAAUGCAGCGUGCCCACGACGCUGCCGCCAACUGCGCAGCCAGACGAGUGCCCCGAGGCGGGCGCCUUUGUCUCUGACAAGAGCAGCUGCAAUGGCUACUACUAUUGUCGUCCCAACGCUGCGGGACAAAUGGAGCUGCUGCAUGGCAUCUGUGCCGAUGAGCGCUUCUUCUCGCCUGCCAAUGGCGGCGCCUGUGUGCCGCGCUCCCAGAUUGUCUGCAACUACGAUCGUUGCGCCGGGCUGGGCUACACGACUAUACAGCUGGCCAAUGAAUCCAGUGAUGACUGCGCCGGUUUUGCCAUCUGUCAGAAUGGCGUAACCAUUGGCCAGAGUAGCUGUCCCGAUGGUGAAUAUUUCGAUGAGCUCAGCCAGCGCUGCACCAGCGAGGUUAUUGCCUAUGCUGCCUGCAGUCAAUCCGCGCAAUCUUCGACCACGGAGAGCACAACGAGUGACGCCAAUGGUGACGACACCACCCAAGCCAGCACACCCGCCGGAGUUACCAAUUAAGCAAUAUUUUCUUAUCGUACUAAUUAGUUGUAUACGCACAGUUAACGUUAACUUAUUUAUUUUAGACUAAGGCAA